UACGUCUUUACUGGGUCUGGGCUUCUGCAUAUUUCACCAGAGGAAGAAGAAGUUCAUUUCGGUUGGUAGUAAGAUAGCCUCUCUUUGAACUGACACCGUAACUGCGGAAUUUGUUGUUGUCAUUAGCCACUGCGAGGAUUCCGUUUAUGUUCAUCUGAAAACACCAUGAGCUUACGAGAGAUCAGUGAGAACGUGAAGCUGGCCCGCGAAUACGCCUUGCUGGGAAACUACAGCUCAGCCAGUGUUCUCUAUAAUGGAUUACUAGAACAAAUCAAGAAGUACGUGUACACCGUUCGGGACAGCAGUUUUCAGCAGCGGUGGCAGCAGUUGUGGCAAGAGAUAAGUGAAGAAAAUCAACAAGUUCAGGACAUAAUGUCGACUCUGGAGAACUUCCAGCUGGACACGACACCUGCUAAACCCAGUAACCAUGACGACUGUGAAAUACAGCCUGUGCAUAUGGAACUGAGACAUUCUCCUUGUCCCGUUAGGCGGCCCUCUAACCCCUAUAAAGACAACAAACCCGCCAACAACCGCCUGAGCGUGGCUGUGAGAGCCCAGCAGAGGCACUCACCUCGUGGAGCCAAUGGGGACAGAGGCAAACCCUCCAAGGGCAAAGAAAAGAAGGAAUCAAAAGAGGUGAAGGAGGCCACUGGCAAAGCCAAAGAUGAUAAGAACAAAGCAGAUGUCCAGGAGAAAGAAGUGAAAAAGUUUGAUGGGACUGGAUAUGACAAAGACCUUGUGGAAGCUCUGGAGAGAGAUAUUAUAUCACAGAAUCCAAAUGUUAAAUGGGACAACAUUGCGGACUUGGAAGAUGCAAAAAAACUCCUGAAAGAAGCAGUCGUGUUGCCGAUGUGGAUGCCAGCUUUCUUCAAAGGCAUAAGAAGACCAUGGAAGGGGGUGCUUAUGGUGGGACCUCCAGGCACCGGGAAAACACUUUUGGCCAAAGCAGUUGCCACGGAGUGCAGAACCACUUUUUUCAACAUCUCCUCGUCUACUCUCACCUCCAAGUACAGAGGAGAGUCUGAGAAGCUUGUUCGCCUUCUUUUCGAAAUGGCACGUUUUUACGCUCCCACAACAAUCUUCAUUGAUGAAAUUGACUCCAUGUGCAGCCGCAGAGGGACUUCAGAGGAACACGAGGCCAGCCGGAGAGUCAAGGCAGAGCUGCUGGUGCAGAUGGAUGGUGUCGGUGGAGCAUCAGAAAACGAUGACCCAUCCAAGAUGGUGAUGGUGCUGGCUGCCACCAACUUCCCAUGGGACAUCGAUGAGGCUCUGAGAAGGCGGCUGGAGAAGAGGAUCUACAUCCCUCUGCCUUCAACCAAAGGACGAGUGGAGCUGCUAAGGAUCAACCUGAAGGAGCUGGAGCUGGCCAGCGACGUGGACUUGGACAAGAUUGCAGAGCAGCUGGAGGGUUACUCAGGAGCUGACAUUACCAACGUGUGCAGGGACGCCUCUCUGAUGGCCAUGAGGCGAAGAAUUGAGGGCCUCACACCAGAGGAGAUCCGCAACAUUUCCCGGGACGAGAUGCACAUGCCCACCACCAUGGAGGACUUUGAGUCGGCUCUGAAGAAGGUGUCGAAAUCUGUGUCUGCUGCUGACUUGGAGAAGUAUGAAAAGUGGAUUGAAGAGUUUGGGUCCUGCUGAAAAACACCAACAUCCAGCAGCUGUCUUUGACUUUUUAUGCUACUACAGUCAGGCGUAUUUGUAGGCUGAGCUUUAGUGUUGGCUGUGUGUGGGUGGGUGUCAGGUUUUUCUGAAUCGUUCAGGUGAUGCGGAAAUGAAAUUUGUUUCUCAUCCGUUUGUACAUUAUGUUAAUGUUAUGAAGACGACUUCAUCUGAAAAGGUGACACAUUACGACAUUUUUUACAUGUUUUGAUGAUCCUAAGAGAGAAUCAGCUGUAGCUGUUAGAAAAACUGACAAAUCUGAGGGACUCGAUGGUUCUAGCAACACACUGACACUAGAGUUCAUUUCCAGAGAUGCUUCUUUGUCCUCUAAAGUGUCAUAAUGUCAGUCAAAUUUUCCUUCUUUGUUUGUUUUUGUUUUAUUUUUAAAGCACUUGAUUUUAUUUGGAACCAUGAGGUUCUCUCACAUUUUGAAGAUGUAAAUUCUGAACUUAAACGCUAACAUCUUUCUAUAAAUAAAGUUAAUGAUAAUAAA